AUGCGGUCCUCCUGGAUCUGGAUCGCGGCCACAUUCCUCACCUCCGCAAACUCAAUCACAGCCCCAUUCUCCCCAGCCGAAGAAGCCGUCAACCGCCGCGCCUUCGAGGUUCUCCGCAUCCUGCAACGAGCCGACAACAACUGUCCCAGCGGCACAAACCCCUGCACAGAGCUCGGCAACGCAAACGCCUGCUGUAGACAAGGCACCAACUGCUCAAGAGAUGCAGCCAACAACAUCGCCUGCUGCGCGACCGGCGCAAGCUGCACAGGUAGUCUGACCGGAACAAAGACUACCGGAUCAACAACCAACUUCAUGUUCCCGAACGCCGCGACCGCAACAGCCACCGCCGAUUCCAAUACUGAGUCCACAAUCGACGGCGCAUACCCCUUCGUCUACGUCCCCACUGCCUUCAACAACCCCCAGACAUGCUCCUCCUAUUACUCCGUGUGUCAGUCAGAGUAUGCGCAGUGCACGGGCGCCCUGAUGGGUCGGUAUGCUGUGACGAUUGGUGUCGACGGGGGUGGCAAGACAGUCCAGGCCGUGACAGCUUCCUCGCAGGCGACUUCUAUCUGCUCAAGCUUGAGUCUGGAUGCUUGCCACGGUAUCAACCUGGGGUAUUGUGGCACGGUCGCUACGCAGACUGCGGAUGCCGACGCCAAUGGGAACAUUGCUGCGGUGCGCUCGACCAGCUUAAAAGAUCUGGCUCUUGGUGUUGUCGUUGGUGUCGCGGGUAUGUUUAUAUGA